AAAAUUAACAACCUAAGUACAAUACGUAUUUCUUCCCAAACUGCAGGCAUCACGAUACACAUCAUAAAUCUAAUCAAAUUUUCACCUUGCUGUGAAGAAGCUUUCCUUUGUAUAUCCAGAUGAAAACUCAACCCUUAAGCUUUGAAGGGAAAUUUCCCUUGCCUUUGUUCUCCUUAAGUUUUCAGUUUCCUUGGGAAAAUCCCCUAUACUGGGCUUUGUUAUUAUAAUUCUGGAAACAAACUGAAACAGACACCAAAUGCAUAGGUAAGUCAGGACUUGUAAGUACACACAAUGAGCUUGAAGAGAGAUUUCAUUUCAAGGGUACAGAAGGAGCUAAAACAACUGCAGUCCUUACAGCCUCAUGGAAUCCAAGUAACACUUCCAUCUGACAGUCUCCAAUUAUGGGAGGCUUUAGUGCCAGGACCUGAAGAUUCACUCUACAGAGGAGGGCGGUUCAAAGUUCAAGUUUAUUUACCUGAAAACUACCCUCUUGAACCACCAACGGUACGUUUCCUGCCUCCCAUUUUUCACAUCAAUGUGAGUCCGUCAACUGGUCACGUGUGCCUGGGAUUCUUGACUGGGGAGAACUGGUUACCAACCCGUUGUAUUAGAGAUGUAUUGAGUGGUGUGUUCUCUCUACUUAUCAAACCUGAGCCAGAGAAUGCUGCUGACCAGACUCUGCUGAAUAUGUUCAAUAACAACAAAAUGCUUUAUGAAGACAAGGCCAGAAAGAGCGCCAAAAAUGGCCAGGAUGAUCAUUUGUCUUUUAUUUUCUAG